UUGGGUGUCCAAAGACUCCAUCUUUUUCUUCCCAAUUCCUUUCUUUACUUUCAGACUUGUGUGUUACAGAAUACUUGUCCUUUUAACUUCUUCUUCUUCCUCUUCCUCUUCUUCUCAGAGUUCCCUAAAGUUGCAGCACAAAUGAUCAACCCUUUUCCUCAUUGUUUUUGUCAGGCCGCUGCGCUGUCUGACCCGAAGAAUAGGUCAUUCUACUGCAGUCUCUUCAUUCUAGCUUCUUUGAUCUGCGGGGCUUACUUCAUCGGUGGUGCAACCAUUGCUCACGAGUACAAGGAAAAAUUAACAAGAUGGAAAGUGGUCUACAAUAGGCAGAAUACAAAUUUUCAUACGUGCAAGAAUCGUUGCCAACCUUCAGGGAGUGAGGCAUUACCGGAAGGAAUUAUUGCCAAAACAUCUGACUUGGAACCGCUGCCUCUAUGGGGUUCAUCUGUGAAAAAUGAAAACUCAAAACCUUCUAAGAGCUUGCUGGCAAUUGCAGUUGGAAUAAGGCAGAAAGAAAUAGUGGACAAAAUUGUCAAAAAGUUUCUAUCAAGUGAUUUUGUUGUUAUGCUUUUUCAUUAUGAUGGUGUGGUGGAUAAAUGGAGGGAUUUACCUUGGAGUGAUCGUGCCAUACACGUGUCUGUGAUGAAUCAAACAAAAUGGUGGUUCGCCAAACGUUUCCUGCAUCCAGAUAUAGUUUCCGAGUACAAAUAUAUUUUUCUUUGGGAUGAGGACCUUGGAGUUGAGAAUUUUAACCCAAAACGAUAUGUAUCCAUUAUUCAGGAAGAGGGACUUGAAAUAUCACAGCCAGCACUUGAUCCUGACAAGUCAGAGGUGUAUCAUCCAAUCACUGCACGUGUGAAGAAAUCAAAAGUACACAGAAGGUUUCAUAAGUAUAAAGGCAGUGCAAGGUGUGACGACCAUAGUUCUGCUCCUCCUUGUGCUGGUUGGGUGGAAAUGAUGGCACCUGUAUUCUCAAGAUCUGCAUGGCAAUGUGUAUGGUACAUGAUCCAGAAUGAUCUGGUCCAUGCAUGGGGCCUGGAUGUGCAGCUUGGUUAUUGUGCACAAGGAGAUCGAACACAAAACGUUGGUGUGGUUGACUCAGAGUAUAUAGUUCAUCUUGGUCUUCCUACGCUCGGUGUCUCAGAUGGCAAUAAGGUGACCAAUGGCCCGGAUCCUUCUCAGAAAGGGGACUCGAAAGCAUUGGCACCAUCUUCCUCGGAUAAAGUCAAUGAUCGAUCUAAAGUUAGGAUGCAGUCCUUUAUUGACAUGCAGAUCUUUAAGGAAAGAUGGAGUGCUGCAGUAAAGAAGGAUAAAUGUUGGGUUGACCCGUAUCAACUAUCAACAAACUGAAGCGAGCGUAAAUUAUAUUUAUAGGACAUCCAUCGCGCAACAUGCAAGGUCGAUGGCCAUCCUUGUAGAGACAACAGAACUCAGAAAAGGGUAACUGUGCAUACAUUUAGCAUGUGAGGAUAUAUAUCGCAAGCGAUGUAUAGAUUUUUGUGGUGACGCAAAUUCAUAUCAAACAGCUGACGACAAACAUUCCAAGACUGAAUGGAAGUUGUGAUGUGAAAUUGACUCACCAAUGUUGCAUAGCUGGUGCCUGGUGACACAAUGCAUCGUUGUACUCCAGGCAGGAAAGAUAGGACCAGCUUUCGUGUUUGUGAUUGUAUCAUCCAUUCAUUGUAAAUUUCAUGUCGAUGUGUGAAGACCUAUUGAUCUAUUGAUUGUUGAUAGCGUGCGUAAGGCCGUUCGGAAUAGUAUUUCGAGUGGAGGAGGUUUAGAGCUUCUGUUUUGUUCUGCGAAUUCGCUGUCUGUUUGUUGUUAGUUUAUCUCAAUCAAAAUGCAUAUAUAAGAUUAUAUCUCAA